GCGGGGCUGCCGGGGCUGCCGGGGCUGCGGGGGCUGCCGGGCCGCUGAAGAUCCCGGCGCGGAGGGGCCUCCCUGGGCCUCGGCGCAGCGCCCCGCCUGCCCUGUGCAGUAUUUAUUGCUAAAUUAUUGUCCAGGGGGGGCGGCACUGGGCCGGGCCCGGGUAUUUAUUGCUGUACAUAGUGUAUGUUUGUGAUAUAUAAGGUUUUCUUUAUUUUGUAUAUGACCAAUAAACACCUUUUAAAGAGACCGUCAGGUGCCUCCUUUGCGCGCGGCGCGGGCGGGGCCGGAAGGGCGGGGCGCCUGGCGCGCAUGCGCGGGGCGCGGCCUGCCGGGAGGCGGAAGCGGAAGCGGAAGCGCGGGCCUCCGGGAGCGAUGGCAGCCGGGGGUCCCAGCCGCUCGGAGCGCAAGGCGGCGGAGCGGGUCCGGAGGCUGCGGGAGGAGCAGCAGCGGGAGCGCCUCCGCCAGGUGUCGCGCAUCCUGAGGAAGGCGGCGGCCGAGCGCAGCGCCGAGGAGGGCCGGCUCCUGGCGGAGAGCGAGGACCUGGUGACCGAGCUGCAGGGCCGGAGCAGGCGGCGCGAGGGCCUGAAGCGGCGGCAGGAGGAGGUGUGCGACGACCCGGAGGAGCUGCGCAGGAAGGUCCGCGAGCUGGCCGGCGCCGUCCGCAACGCCAAGUACCUGGUGGUCUACACCGGCGCGGGGAUCAGCACGGCAGCCUCCAUCCCAGAUUACCGGGGCCCCAAUGGUGUGUGGACGCUGCUCCAGAAAGGGAGGAGCAUCAGUGCCGCUGACCUGAGUGAGGCUGAGCCGACCCUCACCCACAUGAGCAUCGCCCGCUUACAUGAGCAAAAGCUGGUGCAGCAUGUGGUGUCUCAGAACUGCGAUGGGCUCCACCUGCGGAGCGGGCUGCCUCGGACGGCCAUCUCGGAGCUCCACGGGAACAUGUACAUUGAGGUGAGCAGCCCCUCUGGGAUUUCGGGGGCCGGUGCAGGCCGGCGGCUCCUGCCCACGGCGCCCUCUCCUUCUCAGGUCUGUACAGCCUGCACACCCAACAGGGAGUACGUGAGGGUGUUUGAUGUCACUGAGCGCACCGCCCUUCACCGGCACCAGACAGGCCGGGCCUGCCACAAGUGUGGGGGCCAGCUCCGGGACACCAUUGUGCACUUUGGGGAGAGGGGGACGCUGGGGCAGCCUCUGAACUGGGAGGCAGCCACUCAAGCUGCCAGCAAAGCAGACACAAUCCUAUGUUUAGGUUCCAGCUUAAAGGUUCUGAAGAAAUACCCUCGCCUCUGGUGCAUGACCAAGCCCCCCAGCCGGAGGCCCAAGCUCUACAUUGUGAACUUGCAGUGGACCCCGAAGGAUGACUGGGCUGCCCUGAAGCUACAUGGGAAAUGUGAUGACGUCAUGCAGCUCCUCAUGGAUGAGCUGGGCCUGGAGAUCCCCCCCUAUAGCAGGUGGCAGGACCCCAUCUUCGCCCUGGCCACUCCCCUGCGUGCGGGUGAAGAAGGUAGCCACAGUCGGAAGUCGCUGUGCAGAAGCCGAGAGGACCCUCCGCCUGGGGACCGGGGUGCGGCCCUGAGCUCGGCCCCGGUGCUAGGUGGCUGGUUUGGCAGGGGCUGCGCCAAACGCACAAAGCGGAGGAAGAUCACGUAACCUGGGGCUGUGGACAGGAACACUUGGCACUUUGCGGGCGGCAGAAGUCUUCCUCAGGGGCCGGCCCCGGGGUGACGACGCGCUUAGCCCUGGAUCCCAGCGGGAGCCCCCUGCACUGCUGUGGCCGCCUCCGGCCUGGGCCUCCGGAGGACUGGGCCUCCGGAGGACGCCUCACCCGUCCUUGGCGGCGGCCAUGCCUUCCUGCGAGGACAGAACUCGGGUUAUUUCGCGGCCGGCCGGGGGGAGCACGCGGCUGCCUUACCUGGUCCGCCGGGCUAGUCUCAGGGGCCUCAACCCUUUCUACUGCUUCUUACUAAAACGUGGUAACUUUA